GCCGCUUUUUAGGUUUUUUUUUGGCUGCUUGGAUGACGGCUCGCUAAGAGAAAUAUUCGAAAGAAAAAAGCAGGAAGAACAGACAGGCCCGUCGGUGUUGCUGGCAAACCAUUCCGAGCAGAUUGCCCAAUAUCUGCGCACCCUCCAAAACUCCCCAUGGGGACCGCGCACGUGACUACUUGUAUUAUCUAAACUUACCAAGACUUGCUACUACAGACAAAUAGUGGAGACGCCAGAUCCUGCGGGCUUGAAUUAACCCCACGCCACUUUAUUUGUGCAUAAACCCAAAAGUCGGUUUCACAGAAGCAACAUUGAUACACCCCGAAUCGGCAAUCCUACCCUCGGUCUGCACUAGUAUGAGAGGUGAUUCUUACAAAAGACUAGACACAGAGCCGUUCGAGGCUAUUCCCUUGGAAACCCUACGAUCUCACGAGAUCAAUGACGCUCAAUUGGCGCUCAAUACAGGAGUCGUAGAUGGCGAAACGGACUCGGACGAUUCGGCCACGUCACAGUUGUUUGAAGAUAUCAGCCAUGCUCUGAAAAGCGCCCAGAAUGAGGAGACUUUCGAGCACGAUCCAGGCUUUCAGGUCCAGUGGAACAUCUUCACAAAAGGCGGCGAUUUUUCCAGGCGUGCGGCCAUGCUUCUAGGCGUGUUCUGCGUGCUAAUAUGGGCCGUUUCCUUGAUCGUUUAUUCGAACGGCAACGCCCGCAUCAACGCCGCGUUAUUAUGGCAUGGCGCAGAAACCAAUAUUGUGGAGUUGAGCCACCGGAACAUCUCGCUCAACAGCUUCAAUCCGAGCCUCAAAAACGCGUCAUUCCCGGAUCUUCGAAAGGGCCUAUACACGCCAUCUUUCAGCCCGCUCAGAUGGCUUCAGAAUGCCCAGUUUCCGGCCUCGCGUGGCUCGGAUUCCAAAGGGUACUACGUCACGCGGAAGCAGGAUAAACUAGUGGUGUGCCUGGCUGACCAGAAGUACGAGGAAACUAUUUUGGACUCCAACCAGUUCGCCUACCAAAACAAAUUCUACUAUGCACAAGACGUGAUUCUCAACCCCGGACAGCCCGUAAACAACCGCUCGGCCAUGCAUUUGCUCAGGUCGGAUCUGGUUGCACAAUGGCGGCAUUCGUCGUUUUCGUUUUUCUGGUUAUGGAAACCAAUUACGGGCGAGGUGUUUCCGGUCCAGCCACCGUCAAAAAAACUCGGCGUCGACUUGCAAAAAAUCCAUUUUGCCCGGUUCGAUCCGUCGGGCAGACACCUUGUCUUUGGGUUCGAGCAUGACCUCUAUUUGAUGGAUGUGAACACGCGAGACAUUCUCCCCGUCACCAAUACUGGCAGCCUGGAUGUAUUCAACGGAAAACCCGACUGGGUGCUCGAAGAAGAGGUGUAUCCGCACGACCACAUGGUCUGGUGGAGCCCCGAUCUGAAGCAUAUGGUGUAUGCGCAAAUCAACGACACUGAGGUUGAAGCCUACGACCUCGACUACUAUGUGAAGGGCUCGGGGGAAGUGGCCAUGUCAUACAAAGACAUGGCGCCCAGUGUCAAACCUGGUGGUCUCAACCAAUACCCAAAACAUACAUCCAUCAAGUACCCCAAGCCAGGAACACCCAACCCGAAAACGAGGCUAUAUUCGUAUUCCAUGGAACAAAAAACGACAACCGAAAUCGCAGGCGUAAGCAACAAGGUCGUUAAAGACGACUACUUGCUUUACGACGCUGCAUGGGUAGACCAGAACAAUUUCUUGAUCAAAGUGUCAGACAGACACAGCUCGGUGCUAGAAAAGAAACUCUACUGCCCUGCUGACUCGUCCGGCGCCACGCUCGUCUCGUUCCAAAACGCAUCUGACUACAGUGGCUGGAUAGAGAAAACACCGCCCAUUACUUUGGCGAAGAGAGGCGGCUUGAUUCAGUACCUCGACAGAGUAGUUGUGGAUGACGUGGUGCAGCUAGCUCUUUUUGACCUGGCGUCUUCAAAGGAUUACUCGAAACUUCUUGGGCCGGUCAGCUACAACUCUCCUCUUUCGUACGAUGAACUUGAGGACUGUGUCUAUGGGAUAUUUGGCACAAACUUGAACUCUUCGUUUGCACUGGUGUCUUUGACGAAUGCCAACAAGACAGAGCUUGCAACAGACGGGGACUUUGUACUCAACUUCAGCCCCAACGGCCAGUUUCUAGAGCUCGUGUAUAUGGGCCCAGCACUGCCAUGGACGAAAGUCAUCAACAUGGCGUUGGUGGCCGAGAAUGCCGGAUACAUCUCCCAAAGAGAGAACUUUGAUGAUUCGGCUCGUUUUUCUGCGGUUAUCUCUAGCACGAAUCUCCCCACGAGAGUUCUCAGCUCCGUUCGCGUGGGGCGCGAGUCGGAGCAUGUGAAUGUGAUUGAAAUCUUUCCUCCCAACUUCCGGCGCGAGAAGAAGCAUCCUCUUUUAGUGCACGCCUAUGGCGGGCCAGGGUCUACCACAGUGAACAGAGCCUUUGGGGUCGAUUUUCAGGACAUUGUCAGCAGCCAGUUGAAUGCGGUGGUUCUUAUCAUCGAUCCGAGGGGAACUGGCAGUGACGACUGGAAACUAAAGGCCCAUCUGAAAGGAAACAUGGGUCUUUGGGAGCCGCAAGAUAUUGUUGCUAUAACCAAAGAUUACGUGGCAGCAAACGCGUACGUCGAUGAUCAGAAAACUGCGAUCUGGGGCUGGUCAUAUGGGGGGUUCACUGCUUUGAAAACACUCGAGUUUGACAAGGGAAAUGUGUUCAAGUACGGCAUGGCCGUGGCACCGGUGACAAACUGGCUUUUUUAUGAUUCUGUGUUCACGGAGAGAAUUAUGGGAGACCCGAAGACGAACAAUAACUACCAAGCCAUAUCGCGCAUCAAUGACUUCGCUGUGUUCAAGGACGUGAAGCGAUUUUUGAUAAUGCAGGGCACGGCCGACGACAACGUGCACAUGCAAAACGCCAUGUGGCUCAUGGACAAUUUCGACCAGGCAGGGGUCGAAAACUACGACGUGCAUUUUUUCCCCGAUAGCGACCAUUCGAUCAACUACAAUAACGCGAACACAGUGGUGUAUGACAAGUUAUUUUGGUGGCUCAAGCAAGCGUUCACCGGUUACUUUAUAGAAAUGUGACUCAGCCUCAAGGAGUGGGCCAAAUAUAUACAACAAAACAUCUUUAAUGGUCGAAUCCGUGAUCCUAAUUCCCGGU